AACAACUGCCUGCUGUUUUCUCGUGGCAAAACACGAUUUGUCGCUUUGCUAACUUUCCAUUUCGAGCUACUUAUUUAUUUAUGCUUUGAUAAAUUUCGACUCAUUUGAUAACCGUUCACUUCUGUACAAAGCACGUUGCUCCCUUUGGUAAAGAUAACUCGUGAAUGAGAUGACUUUACAAGUUGCUGCGGUGUUUGCCAUCUUCGCUCUUCUGAGCGCGAAAGCGCACGGCCAGGAUGGUGAACCAAUGCGCUUUGAGACGCCAAAAAUGAAUGAAGAAGAACAGCACUCACCGCACACCCCGAAGUCGUUUGAGAUGACGUGUGAUGCUUGCACUGCGAUUGCAUUCCAGGUAACUGAAGGAGUCUUUGCUUUCCUCUUGAAAUAUACCUCCUCGACUGUGAAAUAUUAGUUUAACACUUUGCCGAGGAUAUUUUUUUUGUUGCCUUUGCCAGCGUAAAGUGGCGAUACGCUAAGGUCAUUAAGGGAGGCUGAACUGAUAUAAUACCCGCUAAUGUAAUUUGUAGGCGAUGAAUAGUUACCUAACAAAAGUGUUACUCUACUGUUAGGGUUGCUGCACAGCUUCAUGAACUUAAAAAUACUUUACAUACAGCACUUAAUAAUUUUUCUCUCAAAAUUAUCCUUGGUUUUAAAUCUCUGCAACGCUUUUCUUUGCUGUUUAAAUAGUUUGUAAUGAUGAAACAGCUAAAUAGCCUACAGAAAUAUGAUAUCUUAUGAAGUAGUGUAUUUAGUGAGAUGAAACAAAGACUGAAUUACAUACUAAUGUUUAUGGCAUUUUUUCCAAUUUUGUUACAGAUGAGCAAAGCUUUACGUAAAGCAGAGGACAAGAAGCCAUCACUGAAAGGAAAACCACUUCCAGAGUCAGAUUACCUUGAUGUGUUUGAGGCAGUUUGUGACAAUUCUUGGGAUGAGUAAGUCAUUUGAUCAUUGAAACUAAUUAGGUUAUAAGUGCACCUGUUAAAAAUAGGUAACUAAAGAUGGGAAGCUGCAUAUGUUAUUUAAUAUUGCAUAAAAGUGGUCUGAUCUAAGGGGCCAAUUUCUGUUAGAGCUUAUCCCCUUGGUAUGAAUUGAUAAAAAGUGAUGCUACUCCCCCUGAAAUGGGAUGCUUUUCCAUUGUAAGUAAACCUCCAGAAUUUUGUCAGGGCCCCCUAACACUCUGCCAUAGCUGAUCUUAACUACAAUAAAACUUGUAUUGAAUGGCACUGUAUGAAGCUGUCCCCUUGUAUUAACCACUUGAUUUUCAUAGUACAGAAUUUUGUCCCUUUAAUUACUGUAAUUUCCUCCUCUAAUUACCAAUUACCUCUUUUAAGCAGUCAUGAUCAGCCUUUACUGUGUCCCAGUGGCCUGUUUCUUUUGUUCUUCACCUGUAUUGAACAGUCACUGAAAGUGGGACUGCUCAAGUGAAACUUAGAACAAUCUUCAAGUAAAAUUUAUCCAUAUGUAUCCCGCAAAAUCAAUGUUAGUGGUGUAUUUUUGAGUAAGUCUCUGUACAUUAAGUGGUCUCUUAUGGUACAAAAUUGUAUUUUUAAUCAUUUUUUUUUUUUCAUUAUACCCCUUAUCUGUGAAAAACCUGUCUAAGUGCUCACCCCCUAUUCCCAGAGUGUGACCGCGUAAGACAGGUUCAACUGUAUCGGGUGGAGAGAUGGAUUGUAAGAGUAAAUUUAUUUGCCAAAGAUCUGGACAAAAUUAUCCGGCAGGGGUUCAAAUGGAGGCCUCUUUAUCUAAAGUCAAAAAGUUCUAACCAUCAUUUCAGCACCUCACCCAAACUUGCUUCAAGAAAUAGUCAUACCCACCCACCCCAAGGAUGGACUUUAAAAUUGCAAGGAUCAGAGAGAUUGUUAAGGCAAUUAAAUCUUUUAAGUUUAAGUUUGUAUCUACUUGACCCUUUAACCUCCAAGAGUGAUUAGUAACUAUUUUCUCCUACAAGUAGCAACCCUAAAUCAAACAUUGAGGUCGUGAGAAUAAAGGAAAUGAUCACCAACUAAAUAACCUCUUGAUUGUUGAACAAAUUCUCUUUGUCAGCACCACAGGAAAUGCAUAGAGAACAGUUUGAAGAAAAUAUAUACUGAUGUUAGGGUGUAAAGGGUAAAAAGCAUAUCCAAGGUUAAACUGAGUUCAUAAUGACAUUGUAUCAGUUUACAAGUUUAUUUCUUGUUUUAAAUACAAGAUAAGGUAAACACUGCUUGCAGUUUGUAGACAGAGGUGAGAAAUGGUCUCAAGUGUGACAGAAUAUUAAACCUUACAGCUGCAAUAAAAAGAGUGAAAAGUGUAUUCAGUUAUCUGAAUGUGUAUAUAUCCUAUAGGCAAUGUGGUAGUAAUACUGGGUCAGAGUACAAAAGAAAAAGAAAACAAAUAUAAUACAUUCAGUAAUAAUCAAUGUAACAUGUUCAAAUGAGUUUUUCCUCUUUUAACUUUCAGCUAUGGGAUAAAGACAGUUAAGGGUGUAAAUCGUUUAUCUGGCCCAGGUUUGGAAGCAAAAGAUUUUCCUGGUAUGAUGCAAGGGGGAGGCAAAUGGCCUGGCAGGUGAGGUUACCUUUAACCAUUUUUACUGAAGGGUAAUUGGCAUCUAAAUUCUCCUUACAGUAUUACUACUAAAUUAAGCAUUAUGAUCAUGAGAAUAAAGGAUAUGAUUGCCAAGCUGUUGAUAGGUGAACAAAUUUUCCAAGUCAACACCAUAGAUAAUGUAUUGAGGACAGUUAAAUGCAGAAUGUGGACACCCUUGUGAGCGUGCAAAGGGGUAACCACUAAGCUUCCAAAGGGUUUUAACAUCUAACUUCUUCUCAAAAUGUUAAUGUUUUACUGAGCAAACAUGUCCUAGAAAAACUGAAAUUUAUCAGCAAGAAAGUGCUUUCAGUUUGUGAAGGAGAAAGAAUAAAGCAAAAAAGUGAGAAAUACAGAUCUCAGAGUUAUGGGUACAGUUGCCUCUCUGAUAGAAAUACUUUAAAAGAAAUACUGUACUAGUGCCCUGUGAAAUGGCAUUGUACUGGAAUUGGAGGUUUUUUUUUUUAUUUGCCUCUCUUUUUUGGAGAUGUUGUAGUACUCUUAGCAUAAACUACAGCUAUGUGUCAUUAAUAACCUUCACGAUAAAAAAAAAUUCAUAGAAGGGCACAAUUAUUUUAUGAUGAAUUUCCCCCUUGCUCUCCUGGUUUCUUUUUCUUUUGAUCUCCACACCACUUGUUCCUUUUAUUUUUUUUUUUGGAUGCAAUAUGCAGGAAUAUGUUUGUUUAAAGUACAUUCUCUCUGCAUGAUUUCUGAGGUCAAAUACAAUUAAGUUUUUAAUCUCAUUUUCUAGACUUGCCCAGAAGUGUGGUGGUUUGGUUGGAGACAUUGGAGAAGAUGAAAUUUACGCAGAAUACAGGAAAACAAAGGACCUCUUCGACUAUUUAUGCAAAGAAUAUACAAAGGAUUGUGUCAAAAACGAAAAACAAGAAUUAUGAUAUAAGUCAUAGAACCUUACUACUAUUGAUAAAGUUAAGUUUGAAGCAAUUCUGCUCAUUUGGAUAUAAUUAAAAUUUCGAGAGAUUUGUUACCAACAUUGCAACUUUUAAAAAGAGCUGCAAUUGUUUUAAGAGGUGUUUGCCAAAGGCUUUCAAUCUUAGAUUAGUCAGGGACUGAUCAAUUAUUUACAACCAGUUCAUGUCUACAUUAAUUUUCAGUUAUUGGAAUGUUAAGAGACAUUUUUACAUUGGCCUUUGUAUUUUUUGCUGAAAACUCAUUUGAUUUAUCAAUACAUUACUUUUUGAAGUUCUUGGUUAGAAAGUUCUUGCAUUAACCUCUUGUUAAAAAUGUACUUUUUCCUUAUGGUGCAAUAGAGAAGUUGGUAAGACUACUCGUACUUGUGCUUUUUGUAAAUUGUGCAUUUCAAGCACUUUUAUAAGUCUUGCCUUUAAAAUAAAAGUACUUUGAAAUUAGUUACAUAAAGGUACCUUGUUGAAGUUCACGUCUCGCUUUAUUUGCUGGCAUUUUGCCUUUAACAUUAUACAAAAAUGUGGCUUCCAUGCAUGACUCUGCACUGAACCACUAACCCUUUGACCUUGAAGUGACUAGCAUUCAAUUUCUCCUUAAAUUAUUACCCUUGAAUCAAACAUUCAGGUCACAGCAAUAAAGGAAAUGAACAAAGAGGCUCUUGAUUAUUAAACAAAUUCUCCUUAUCAGCGCCUUAGGAAAU